AUGACAGUUCUCGAUGACUUCAUCGUUGCAACCGAUGAAUUAGUUGUUUUUCAAACUUGCUACGAGGAAAUUAUUUUGAGUGAUCAAACUGAAAGUUCGUUAGAAGCAUUCAAAACUGAAUUAAACUCUCUUUGGCUACAAAUUAAAAAUUGUUAUAGGCUAUGUGUUCAGGCUGUUACAGAUAACGACAAUGCUAACGAAAAUGAAGAUUACUGCGAAACGUUGAAAGGAAAAUAUAAAUCUUCCUCCAAUACAUAUAUUUAUUGCCUAGCGGAAAUUAUAGAGGGAAUUAAAAAACUAAAAAUAAUUAAAAACGAUAGUGCUUCAACUCCGCCUUCAAAUUCAAAUCAUGAUUCAUCUUCUGGUCCAUGCAUUAAAGUUCCAGCAUGUGACUCUCAAAUAUUUUCGGGUGAUUAUUUGACAUGGCCGUCCUUUCGGGACAUGUUUACGGCAGUCUAUGUCAAACACCCAAAGCUUUGUCCUGUACAAAAACUUUUCCACCUACGUGCAAAAACAACUGGUCAUGCAUUGAAUAUAGUUUCUAAGUUUCCACUUACGGACGAUAAUUUCGACUUAGCUUGGGCUGCUCUGGCAGACCAAUAUGAAAAUAAAAGAAUUUUGGUCAACAACCAACUUAAAAAUCUAUUUAAUUUGCCCUCGACCACUUGUGAGUCUAGCCGGCACAUUAAAAAUAUUCAACGUGAAAUAAACGACGCGAUUUCAAUUCUCAAAAGUCUAAAAAUAUCCACAGAAUCUUGGGACCCAAUUUUUGUUUAUUUGUGUUCUAGUAGGCUACCGGAAUUGACCUUAUCCCUAUGGGAACAAACUGUCAAGAAACCAUGUGAAAUUCCUAAAUGGGAGGACAUGAAUGAAUUUUUAACAAAUCGCUACCGCGUUCUAGAAACCGUAUCAGAUUUAAGGUAUAUUGGGAAUUCGAAUCCUUCUUCCUCAAAUUCUAAGACUACAAAACCUUUACAAUCAAAAAAGCAACAACAUCAUAAAGCGUUUCACAUGAAACCAAAUCAUAAUCCACAAUGCAAGCUCUGUAAGUCUUAUCAUCAUCUACGAUUUUGCGCGAAAUUCAAAAAAAUGCCAGUGGAAGAAAGAUCUUCCACCGUAAAAUCUUUUAACUAUUGUGCAAAUUGUUUGUCACCAACUCACUUAGCUGCUAAUUGUCAAAGUAAAUUCUCGUGCAUGCAAUGCUUUCAGAGGCAUCAUACUUUACUGCAUAACAACACCCUAUUAUCCACUCAUAACUCUGCUCCACAUAUAAAUAGUUCUUCAAAUACAAAAUCUAACUCCAUUUCACAUACACCAGAAGUUUUUUAUCCAUCUUCCAGCUCUCAACAAAAUCAAACCCCAUCAAUACAGUCCACUGCUAGCCCUUUAAAAAUCCAAACUUAUGUUUCUCGACAUAAUAACAAAAUACUUUUGGCCACAGCUCUUGUUGAGGUUUAUCAUUUAGGUAAUAGAUUUACGCUUCGCGCUUUAAUAGAUCCUGCAUCCGAAGUAUCUUUUAUUACUGAGCGUGCCCAGAAAAGGCUAAAUCUUCCUACAAAGCCGAUUCAAACUACGAUAUCUGGUGUGAGCGACGUCGUUACGGCCACAUCUUCUAAAUUAUGUUCCUUAGUUCUUUGUUCUAAAUACGACACCAAAACUAUAUCUGCUACAGCAUAUGUUUUAAAACGUCUCACCGGUGAUCUACCUUCUUGUGAUAUUCAUCCCAUUGACAUCGAUCCUGUAGAUUUUCAACUAGCAGAUCCGUUCUUUUAUCAAAAAUCAUCAAUUGACCUAGUUCUUGGCGCUGAUUUAUAUCCGUUGAUCAUAAAGGAAGGUGUAAAGAAUCAGAUUUUCGGAUCUCUUCUCGGUCAAAAUACUAUUUUUGGUUGGAUCCUUUCAGGACCAAUACAAACGACAGAUUUUAAAUGUUUUUCGACAACUAUAACUAGUCUCAACGAGAUAUCUCUAGAUCAAUUACUCUCGGAAUUUUGGAAAGUGGAAGAAGUUCCUGAGCCAAAACAUCUUUCCGCAUCUGAGCAAUACUGCGAAGAUUUUUAUUCAGCUACAACUAGCAGGGACUCUAACGGUCGCUACGUUGUCAAACUCCCUUUCAAACAACCAACACCAGUUCUUGGUUGGUCUAGAGACAUUGCUCUUAGGCAAUACCAACGCAAUGAAAUCAGUUUGUCUAAAAAACCUGAAAUUCAAUCACAAUAUAAUAACGUGCUUCAGGAGUAUAUUAAUAUGCAACAUAUGCACAGGGUUCCAUCCAAUGACUUGUAUCGUAAUCGUCAAAUAUCUUCGUUUUAUCUACCCCAUCAUGCAGUGCUUAAACCUGACAGCAUUACUACUAAACUGCGAGUAGUAUUUAAUGCAUCUAAUUCUACGAGUAAUGGCGUCAGUCUUAACGACAUAUUGUAUCCAGGUCCGGUACUGCAAUCGGAUUUAAUGACACUUAUCCUUCGAUGGCGAUUCUUCCGUUACGUUUUCAAUGCGGACAUCGAGAAGAUGUACCGUCAAAUUAAGGUACAUCCUGAACAUACCUCCUUUCAACGUAUAUUGUAUAGAGAUUCCAACAACGAUGAGAUAACGGAUUAUGAGCUUAACACAGUUACAUUUGGUGUAAAUUGUGCUCCGUACCUCGCUUUGAGAACAUUAAAACAACUCGCUUAUGACGUCAAAGAUUUAUUUCCACUUGCUUCUUCGGUUUUACAAACCGACUUUUACGUUGACGACGUCCUGUCAGGAGCGCAUGAGAUUGAAACAGCUUUGAAAAUUCAGGGGGAACUAAUAUCAGCUUUACGUUCAGCUGGGUUUACGCUCCGCAAAUGGACAGCUAACUCGACUCGUCUUAUAGAUCAUUUUCCUCCAACUGAUCUAUACAACCAAGAACUUCUCAAGUUUGAGGAUGAAAGUUUUUCUAAAACCCUUGGUAUUCAAUGGAAUGCUCAAACAGAUUCCUUUCAUUUCUUUGUGCAAAGGUUUGAAUAUGGAACAACUAAGCGUGCUGUAAUUUCAACUAUAUCUCGCUUAUUUGAUCCAGCAGGAUGGUUGUCACCGAUAAUCGUUACCGCUAAAAUGAUAAUGCAGCAGAUUUGGAAGGAUGGCACGACUUGGGACCGAAGUGUUAAGCCCCUAACGUGUCAGCGCUGGAGAGCAUUUUUCGAUACAAUGAAUGACAUUGAAUCAAUCCGAAUACCGAGAUGGAUUCAAUACAAUCCUUAUUCAACUUCGAUACAAAUUCAUGGUUUCUGUGAUGCGUCCGAAGGUGCAUACGCUGCCACUCUUUAUAUUCGUACACAGAACGACAUUCUUUGUUGGUCAAGUCACCUUCUUUGCGCCAAAAGCAAACCGGCUCCUGUCAAAAGCCUUACACUCCCACGAUUGGAACUGUGCGGAGCUUUACUUCUCUCUAAACUUGUUUCAAAGGUUCUUCCUCAGCUGAACUGCAAAGACUUUCAACUUUUUCUUUGGACGGAUAGCUCCAUUGUUUUAUGUUGGCUCGAAAAACCUUCUUGUACAUGGGCUACCUUCGUUGGUAACAGAGUUUCCAUAAUACAAGAAAGUACUUCCAACGCAACAUGGAUGCACGUUCGUUCUUCCGACAACCCAGCUGACCUUGCUACUCGAGGGUUGACUCCUAUGCAACUCAAAGAAAGUAGUCUUUGGUGGACAGGUCCAUCAUGGCUCAGCCAGGCUGAACAGUUUUGGCCUAGAACCCUCUUUUCGUGUCCGAAAGAAACAGAUUUAGAAAAAAGGCCGAUUAAAAUGAACCACACUAGUGUGAAAGAAUUCAAUGUCGAAAAAAUCAUCAAAAAAUUCUCUUCGUUACCAAAGGCAUUAAAUGUAGUGGCGUAUAUUCUUCGCUUUUUCUAUCGAACCCAUCCAAAAUAUAAAAAGGAUUUUAACCAAAAAUCCAAAGUUUUAACAUACGACGAAACUUUACGCUCUAAAAAUCUUAUUCUAAGAUUAACCCAAUAUAUGUACUUUUCCGCUGAGUACUCUAUACUGUCUCGAAAUGAACAAAUUCCACUUGGAAGCAGUUUAGCUAACCUCAACCCAAUGUUAGACUUAAAUAAAAUUCUUCGAGUGAAUGGCAGACUGGCACAUUCAUCACUUUCUUUCAAUGAAAGGUAUCCAAUUAUUUUACCUUAUAAUGCACACAUUACUACUCUUAUCGUUCAGUUUAUCCACAAAGUUUCACUUCACGGUGAGAAUCUACUAGUGUUACGCCUAACUCGUUGUGAAUAUUGGAUUCCCAGAUUAAAAAAUUUAGUUAAAAAACUUAUUCGACUUUGCAAGGUUUGCACAAUUCAUAGAAAAGAAAUGCGACAGCAGAUCAUGGCAGCUCUCCCACCAGAACGCACACAAAUUUCAUUGCCUUUCAUUAACACUGGGCUAGAUUUUGCUGGUCCAUUCACGCUUAAAACGUUUUCUGGUAGGAAAUGCAAUUUAACAAAAGGGUAUGUCUGUUUAUUUAUAUGCUUCUCCACGAAAGCCAUCCAUUUAGAAGCUACUAGUGACCUUUCAAGCCAAUCUUUCUUAGCCGCUUUAAGUCGUUUUAUUGCACGUCGCGGUACACCGAAGACAAUUUUCUCCGAUAAUGGUACAAAUCUCGUCGGUGCUAGCAAAAUCAUUGAAAAUUCUUUCAAAUUAUUUAAGCGAUCUUUUCCAUCAAUCGCUUCCGAACUUUAUAAUGACAGCAAAUUGGAAUGGAAGUUCAUUCCUCCCGGUGCACCUCAUAUGGGCGGUUUGUGGGAGGCUGGAGUUAAAAGCUUCAAGAAACAUUUUCGAAAGAUUGCUGCAGACCACAACUAUACCUUUGAAGAGUUUUCUACACUCCUUGCUAAGAUUGAGGCUUGCUUAAAUUCUAGGCCGAUCUCUCCAAUGUCCGAUAACGCCAGCAACAUUCUACCCCUUACACCAGGCCAUUUUCUUCGUGGUGGCCCUCUUCUGGCUCCGCCAGAACCAGAUCUUACCGACACCUCCCUAAGCUAUAUUAACAGAUGGACAAAAUUACAAGUUCUUCACCAACAGUUCUGCGCGAGAUGGAAGAAUGAGUACUUAUUAGAGCUUCAAAAACGUCAUAAAUGGAAGCAUCCUAAGGAAAAUUUAAAAGAUAAUGAUUUAGUUGUAAUUAAAAAUGAAAAUUUGCCCCCAAAUGAAUGGCGCUUAGGUCGUAUCACAAGAGUCUACCCGGGACCUGAUAACCGUGUUCGCGUUGCCGAUGUUAGGACACAACAUGGAGUAGUGACCCGUCCUAUCGUUAAAUUAUGCGUGUUAACCACUGAUUUAUAA